CCUUCCUUGCCGGCCCGCACUUUGGCGCACAGUUUUGCCCAAACCUCGAGAACAAGUGAUCAGCUUGCCAUUCUUGUAGCAUAACUAGUUCUGAUGGCUGGGAAUAAAGGAAGAGGUCGCGCUGCCUAUACCUUUAAUAUUGAGGCUGUUGGAUUUAGCAGAGGUGAAAAGUUACCUGAUGUAGUGUUGAAACCACCUCCACUAUUUCCUGAUACAGAUUAUAAACCAGUGCCACCGAAAACAGGAGAAGGGGAAGAUUAUAUGCUGGCCUUGAAACAGGAAUUGAGAGAAACAAUGAAAAGAAUGCUUUAUUUUAUUGAAACACCUGAAGAAAAACAAGAUAUUGAAAGGUAUAGUAAAAGGUAUAUGAAGGUAUACAAAGAAGAGUGGAAAGCAGAUUGGAGAAGACUCCCAAGAGAGAUGAUGCCCAGGAAAAAAAGCAAAAAAGCAGACCCAAAAUCCAAAAAGGCAAAAGAUACUGACAAAGGUACUUUACUCGCUAAUACUGCAGAUGUUUUGAAAAAAAUUGAGGAAUUGGAAAAGAGAGGUAAUGGUGAAAAAUCAGAUGAGGAAAAUGAAGAAAAAGAAGGAAGCAAAGAGAAAAGUAAAGAAGGUGAUGAUGAUGACAAUGACAAUGAGGAUGCUGCAGAGGAGGAGUAUGCUAAAGAAGAGCAAGAGGAGGAAAAUGGCUACAUUAAUUCAUAUUUUGAAGAUGGAGAUGAUUUUGGUGCAGAAAGUGACGACAACAUGGAUGAAGCAACCUAUUAGCCAUAAAAUUUCUCAAGAAAAAAAUUAAUGAUUAUAUAGCUUCUAAGCAGU